CUCCAAAUUACAACAGCCGAAAAGAGAGAGACGGCCCAAAUGCCCAAUUCACACGUCCUAAGCAACGACCGCAGCGCCGAGAAGAGUCCGUUCACCCUCUUCGCAACUUAGUCGGCUCCUCCUCUUCGUCCGUCGAUCACGCUGGUCGGCCGUCGGCGCACGACGCCUCUAUGCGUUGCCGCUAGGUCCCUGCUCGACUUCUCUGCGCCUCUGUACUUCUGCUCUUCGUCUCUUCAGAUUUGAGGAAAAAGUACCUGAUUCGUCAGUGUAUUUCUUAACCAGAGUAGUGGUUUAGGAACUGUCAUCAUAGCUUGAAGAUGAAUAAUCAAAUUUGGGCAUCUGAGUUUAAUUUAACGGUCUACAUCUCCUGACUUAUGUGCGGUGAGCCAGUGACUUACUACCAGUGGCUGACGACAGGUGUCAGCUAGUAUAGCUGAGCUGGAUGAGACUUGCAGUCUGGUUCCGUGGAGUCAAUUUCUUCAAUCAAUAUUUUGGCCUCUUAGUUGGUUUCUUUUCUCUCUGUGUAUGUGUUCUUAAUCUGUUUCCGUUUGACAUCAUUUUGCAUCCGAUGAUCAGCUGCCAGUUGAAUCCCAAAGCUCUCCAGAGAAUACCCAGGCGAUUGGGUUCAAAAAUGGGCGAGACGCAUUGUGUUUCACAUAUCAAAUGCAUGCACUUGGGGUUUCUUUUGACUCAGUCAGUUACACCACAGCUCUCACCCAUUGUACAUAUCAAGAAAUGUUCACGUUAGGCCUUCAAUUGCAUUGUUGUGUGUUGAAGUGUGGAUUAGAAUUUGAGGUCUUUAUUGGAAAUUCUCUUGUUACCAUGUAUUUGAAGUCGGGGGAAAUUGUGGACGCUGAAAGAGUGUUUCAUGAAAUGCCAUGUAAGGAUUUGGUUUCAUGGAAUGCACUCCUUUCAGGGUAUGUGCAGGAAGGGAGUUACUUAGCCAUGGUAAUGCCCAUGUUUAUCGAAAUGGUUAAAGAAGGAAAGAAACUAGAUCAUGUGUCACUAACUAGUGCUAUUUCAGCAUGUGGGCAGCAAAAAAAAUUGGAAUCAGGGAAACAAAUACAUGGUUUGGCUAUAAAGAAGGCAUAUGGAUCACAUGUCUCAGUUUGUAAUGUUCUAAUGGCCAUAUAUUCCAAAUGUGGUGUUCCAAACGAUGCAAAGAUUGUUUUUCAAAGAAUGAAUGAACGUAAUGUUGUGUCUUGGACUACAAUACUUUCUGUGUGUGGAGAGGAUGCCAUGUCUGUGUUCAAUGAGAUGCAGAAAAACGGGGUGCGUCCUAAUGAUGUGACAUUUGUUGGACUAGUCCACGCCCUAACGAUGAACAAUAUGGUAUUAGAAGGUUUCAUAGUUCAUGGAUUUUGCUUAAAAUCGAACUUUAUUUCCGAAUAUAAUGUUACCAAUUGCUUUUUGACCAUGUAUAGUAAGUUUGGGUUCAUAGAAGACUCAAAGAAGGUUUUCGAAGAGCUUGGCUGUAAAAAACAGAUAAUCUCUUGGAACUCUUUGAUAUCAGGGUAUGCUCAAAACGGAAUGCAUCAAGAAGCUUUAAGAACAUUUUCAAUCGCCAUAAUGGAGUCAUGCCCAAACGAGUACACAUUCGGGAGCGUUUUGAGUGCGAUCGCUUCUUCUGAAUCCAUUUCUUUGAAGCAGGGACAACGAUGUCAUUCCACCCUGAUAAAGCUCGGGCUUCACACCAAUCAAAUCACUUCGGGCGCUCUCCUUGACAUGUAUGCAAAGCGUGGGAGCAUCUUUGAGUCUGAGAGUGUUUUUCGUGAGAUAUCAGAUAGAACCCACGUUUUAUGGACGACUAUGAUUUCAGCCCACUCGAGACAUGGAAAUUAUGAAUCGGUGAUCUCUCUGUUUAAAGAGAUGAAGCUGAAAGGUGUGAAGCCAGAUGCAAUAACGUUUCUAUCCGUUUUAACUGCAUGCGGUCAUAAAGGACGGGUUGGUGAAGGUAUUGAGAUUUUUUCGUCAAUGACAAGAGAUUUCUCAAUCCAACCAUCUGAAGAGCAUUACUCUUGUGUGGUUGAUAUGCUGGGCCGUGUGGGGAGACUAAAUGAGGCGGAAGAGCUUGUGUCCCAAAUUCCAGGUGGGCCCGGACUAUCUGUAUUGCAAAGCUUGCUGGGUUGUUGCAGGACUUAUGGGAAUGCAGAGAUGGCUAAGAGGGUGGGGGAAGUUCUGAUUACUAUGGAACCCAAGCAUUCGGGUUCUUAUGUGAUGAUUUCAAAUUUGUUAGCUGAGAAGGGACAAUGGGGCAUGGUUGCAAAAGUUAGGAGAUGGAUGAGAGAUAGCGGGGUGAGGAAAGAGGUGGGGUUUAGUUGGGUUGAUGUGGGAGGCAUUAAUGAUUCUCUAGAUCUUCAUGGGUUUUCAGCGGAUGACAAGUCUCACCCGCUGUCUGAUGAGAUUUAUAGGAUGGUUGAGUGGGUAGGGUCAGAGAUGAAAUAUUUAGAGGGUAGUGAAGAUGAAAGACACAUCAUAUAUUUGUAACUGACAGAGAAGAAAGAAACCUGAGAGGGUGGUAAUACUUUUGACUAAAGAGACAGAAACCUGAUUAGCGUGGCCGUGGUGAAGUUGUUGGGGAUUCAAUCUACCCAUAUGACACUGAGGUAGCCAAGAUUGAUGUUAAGAAUGAGACAUCAGUUGCUGAUUGUGAAACGGAAAAUCUUGUGUGGAUUGAUGUUCUUGAUGGCGGUAGGAAGGGCAUUUGAUUUGAUUUUGCCCCAAUCUUCAGACCCACCAAUAAAAAAGAGAUUAAGUUGCUUUAUCGACAGUCAAACAUCAUAAACCGUUCACGGGAACCUUCUAGCGGGACUGAGGGAGUAGAUAUGAGGAAAGCUCUAUCUCGAGAUGUGGAGAAGGAAUCCAUCAUUCCCCUUAAAUGGCAGAUUACACCAGAUGAACUGGAGUAUGACUAAUGACAAAUUCAUCUUAUUCAUUGAAUGGCAAUUCCCCAUCUGUUCCAUGUAUUUAGCCUUGAUUAUGUAUGACCGACCCAUACAUGGGAAUACUUCAAGUUUUGAAUGUGUUUUUUCUCAUUUAGAACUGGACCUAAUAAUCAGUCACUGGUGCUGGUUCUGAUUCAAAACCAAUCAACUGAGUUGCCUGAUUUCAUUUUCUGUUAAAGACAGUCGAUCCCAGAAUUGGAAGAACAUUGUCCAAGACUUAUUUAGCGUUAUAACAUACCUCAUGUUUAGAUUUUA